AUGCCGUCUAGCUCCAAGGCCGGGGUUAAUGGCAACGAGAAGCACUUGGUCUGUGUCACCGGAGCGGGAAGCUUCAUCGGGUCGUGGGUGGUGAAGGAGCUCCUGGACCGUGGCUACCAUGUCAGGGGAACCGCCAGGGAUCCAGCGGACCGCAAGAACGCGCACCUGCUUGCGCUCGAUGGGGCCGAGGAGAGGCUGACCCUGUGCCGCGCCGACGUCCUGGACUACGGCGGCCUGCGCGCAGCGUUCCAGGGAUGCCGCGGCGUCUUCCACGUCGCCUCCCCGGUGUCCAACGACCCCGAGCUCGUGCGGGCGGCCGUGGAGGGGACGAGGAACGCGAUCAACGCGGCGGCGGACGCGGGCGUGCGGCGCGUGGUGUUCACCUCCUCCUACGGCGCCGUGCACAUGGACCCCAACCGGAGCCCGGACACGGUCGUCGACGAGGCGUGCUGGAGCGACUACGACUACUGCAAACGAACAGGGAACAUGUACUGCUGUGGCAAGAUGAUGGCGGAGAUCGCGGCGACGGAGGAGGCGGCCAAGAGGGGUCUGGAGCUGGCGGUGGUGGUGCCGGCGCCGACGGUGGGGCCCCUGCUGCAGCAGACGGUCAACUUCAGCACUGACCACGUCGCCCGGUACCUGACGGGCGCCAAGAAGGCCUACACGAACGUGGUCACCGCCUACACCGACGUCCGCGACGUCGCCCGCGCGCACGCCCUCGUGUACGAGCACCCCGGCUCGCCGGGCCGCCGCUACCUCUGCGUCGCCGCCGUGCUGCACCGCGCCCAGUUCCUCCAGUUGCUCCGGGACCUUUUCCCGAACUACCCCGUCACCGCCAGGUACGAAGACGAUGGCAAGCCGAUGGCGAGCCCGUACAGGUUCUCGAACCGGAGGCUCAAGGACUUGGGCCUGGAGUUCACUCCCAUAAGGAAAAGUAUGUACGACACAGUGAUAUCCCUGCAGCACAAGGGACACAUACCCCUGCCUGCUCCGGUGCCAAGGCGUGCACGUUUGUAA